AGUGUCGCGUGAUAUGGCUUAUCGUCAAUGAUAUAUCGAUGCGAACGUGGCGGGCCACCCGCGAGCCUCGUUUCCGCCAAUUUUCAUCGUGCCUCCGUAUAAUGACUUGAAAUGUCGCGGCGGAACGUACAGAUUAUGAUUCAGCAGUGACGGGACGUGAUAUCCGUGGUCGCGGUGUGCCGUAACGUGUCGCGUCAGUUAGGUCAGCAAACAUGCCGGAAUUGACAGAGCUUGACAAGGCGGCAAGUUCGGAGCCUACCAAGGUAGAGUUAGUAGGUAUGGGUUCUGCGACUGACUCAGACUCGGAUGAUACGAUACCGGAAUUAGAAGAUGCUGGCACACCAGGUACCGUCGGCUUUCCUGGCACAACGGUCACUGGCCUGCCCAUUGAUAUGGUGUCCAAGGCUAAGCAGAGCCGAGGAGAAAAGAAGGCUAGGAAGCUCAUGAGCAAGUUAGGAUUGAAGCCGGUACAAGGAGUCAACAGAGUCACCAUUCGUAAAUCAAAGAAUAUUUUGUUUGUUAUAAACAAGCCAGACGUUUUAAAGAAUCCAGCUUCGGACACGUAUAUAGUGUUUGGUGAAGCCAAGAUUGAAGAUCUCAGUCAACAAGCUCAAGUAGCAGCAGCUGAGAAGUUUAAAGAACCACCAGUUAUACCAGCCACUGAAGCUGGUGGCAGCACUACUGUUGUUGCUCCUAUACAAGAAGAAUCGGAAGAAGAGGUGGAUGAAACAGGUGUGGAGGAAAAAGACGUUGAUUUGGUUAUGGGUCAAGCUAAUGUAUCGCGAGGGAAAGCUAUUAAAGCUCUUAAGAAUAAUCAAAAUGACAUCGUCAAUGCUAUCAUGGAAUUGACAAUGUGAUAGAGCUGCUUAGAAGUAAAAUGUGCUGCGUGAUAGCUGGUGUUCCAAGAUUAUAAUUUCAUCAUAUGUAUCAUCAGAAAGCAUUUUUUUUUUAUUUUAAUUGAAAACAUGAACCACAAUAUAUUGUGGGAAAACUGGUCAUAAUGAUUUAAUCUAUAAUUGUCUCGAAAAAUGGAAUCCAUAUGUAUAUACAAAAUUUGUGUAAAGCAAGAGAUAAAUACAUUAAGGUCACAAAUA